GUCUGUUUCCCCAUGUUUCCUUAAUGCCAAUUGUCAAUUGUGCCUCAGCGAUGGUUCCUGCAUCCGGCAUCCCAUGGUUCCCGGUUCGCCAUGAUAUGUACGAUGAGAACAUUGCAUGACUAAUGCAUCAUGUAUCCACACACUGAAUCCGAAACUGCAGAACCCGAGUUGCAUAAAAAUGGAGCCCUGGAGCUUGUACACACACAUAUACCUGCUUUUGCAACUCGUUGUCGCACGACAAGGACCCGGAUAACCUGCUAAAACUUCAGAUUCAUCUAUCAUGUCUACCCCGCAAACUAUGAAGUCAUUGAUCACCCAGGAAACCAAGACUGUCGCCGUUGAAGAGAUACCCGUGCCAGAGAUUGACGAAGACGAAGUCCUCAUUAAGAAUGUAGCGAUUGCUUUGAACCCUACGGACUGGAAGCACGUUGACUUUACCACCAACGUCGGAACGAUCCCUGGCUGUGAUUUCUCAGGGACUGUUGUUCAGAUUGGCAAGAGUGUUACCAACUUUGCGGUUGGCGAUCAUGUUGCGGGCUUUACCCAAGGUGGAAUGUACAAAGAUCGCGGCGCCUUUGCAGAAUAUGUGAAGACCCCCGCUGAUCUGGUUUGGAAGGUGCCUGAGGGCACUCUAACCCAUGAGGAAGCUGCUACCUUUGGAUGCGCAUACUGGACAGCUGUUCAAGCAUUGUUUAACCCUACCCGUCUUGGGCUCACUGAGCCUCCCAACAGGGCAGCCACCUCGGAGUGGAUUUUGAUUUACGGCGGAAGCACAUCUGUCGGGCUGUUUGCUGUCCAGCUUGCCCAUCUUGCAGGUUAUAAAGUGAUUUCCACUGCAUCUGUAAAGAACCAUGAACUUGUGAAGUCUCUCGGCGCAGAUGCAGUCAUUGACUACAAGAACCCGGACGUCGUGGACCAAAUCAAGCAAAUCACUGGAAACUCAAUUCACAUCGGUUUCGAUACAGUUUCCACUGAGCCGUCUCAAGAACUCGCUAUCAAGACCUUCGGCCCAGGGUCAGGCAAGCUCCUUAUCAUCCUUGGUCCUUCCAAAACUGCCCAGGAAUUGCGCUCGGAUGUUAAAAUCCAAAGCACGCUUAUAUAUACCGCCCUUGGACGCGCCUUUCAAUAUCGCCAGUCCCGCUAUGAGGUCCAACCUGAAGACCGCGCGCAUAUGGCGGCGUUCUUGAAGAAGACUCCUGAGCUUGUGAGAACGGGUGCGAUUAAGCCCAACCCGGUGAGGUUGUGGCCUGGAGGUUUGGAGACUGUCAAGGAUGGCUUGCAAUAUUUGAGAGAGGGGAAGAAUAGCGGUGAGAAAGUCGUGUAUCGCCUUGCUUGAGCUUGAACUAUAAAUUGCCAUAUGGAACUUAAAGUGUAUCAAUAGCAUGUAUAACUUCCCAUUGGAAUCGCGAUUGGUCUAUGAGAGCACAC